AUGGACAAUAUUCAGCAUGCAAUAAUGAAGGAUCCGACUAAGUACAAAGUAGAGGCACUUAAGGAGAUGCUAAAAAGACAUAAUCUAUCGACGGCGGGAACGAAGAACGAAUUGAUCUGCCGUCUGAUGGAGGCUGAUCCGAAUGGCGAGUGGCUACGCGAGGAUAACGAAGAGUCUCGCGAUCGGCGUGGCGAUGCGGAGGAUGUCUCACAGGCUAGCGUUUCAAGGACGCAGCAAGGUACAAGCGCACGACUAUCGGAAAUUGAGCUUUACGAAAGAGAGAGAGAAAUAGCGCGACGCGAGUUAGAAUUAGCGCGGCGCGAAAUAGAGAUGUUGCGACAAAAUCAGCGGAUGGAACGCGUGGCAAUUAACGAAAAUCAAAACACUAACAAUGAUAUCGUACGAACUCAAUCUGCACAAUCAAAAAUAAAUGUAACUGCUAUCGCGGAUUUACUCGGUUAUUUUGAUGGUAAAUCAGUGCAUUACGAGACAUGGGAAAAUCAGAUCCGUUUAUUGAAGACAACGUAUAAACUAGAAGAUGAUACGGCUAGACUAAUAAUCGCUAUGCGACUGAAGGGCAAAGCGCUGGAAUGGAUACAUUCGAAACCGGAAUAUGUUGCGAUGUCGUUCGACGCUCUUCUCGGUGAAUUGCGGAGCAUGUUUCAGCACCGUCAGUCCAAGAUGGCACUAAGGAAAAAAUUCGAGGACCGGAUGUGGAAAAAAGAAGAGACGUUCCAUGAGUAUGUCCACGAGAAGAUCAUUACCGGAAACCGUGUUCCUAUCAACAACGACGAGAUGCUGGAAUAUAUUGUCGAGGGCAUACCAGACGAUGCGCUUCGAAACCAGGCACGUAUCCAAAGGUUUGACACAGUGGAGGCGCUUCUGAAUGCAUUUGAAAAGGUAACCCUGCGAGAGCGAGGUGCGUUUAACUCGGCAAAAUUUGAAAAAAGAAACGGUGUCGCGAAUAGAGAGGAGAAGACUGAGAAAGGUGACGCGAAAAGAAGGCCGACAGAUACAGUUAGACAUUGCCAUAAUUGUGGUAUGCGAGAUCAUCUGGGGGCAAACUGUCCGACUAAAGAUCAAGGCGCGAAAUGCUUUGCAUGUAACGAACGCGGACACAUUGCGUCUAAAUGCCCGAAAAAAGCGGGAACCUCGAAAAGCUGUCUUACCGCAACGCGAUCUAGGAACCAAAAAUAUGUUAAAGACGUUUCGAUCCAAGGUCAUCAAAUAAAGGCAUUAAUAGAUUCCGGAAGCGAUCUUACACUGAUGCGCGCGGAUGAAUACGUAAAAUUAGGCUCACCGCGAUUGAAAUUAGGCGGAAUGCGAUUCCGUGGAGUGGGAUCAGAUAAUAACACGACCCUAGGAGAAUUCGAGGCCGAAAUUCGUGUUGACGAACACAACUAUUCCGUGUGUAUACAAGUAGUCUCGGACACGUUAAUGCGACAUCAAAUGUUAUUGGGAACCAACUUCUUGGAUGCUGUCGAGGUCAAUUUCAAAGCAGGAAAAAUUUCCAUUAGUCCGUUACAAGAGUCAACAUGCGAGAAUAAGCAUUCGAUACCGGAAAUAUUUAAUAUAAAUUUGACACACGCGGAUUUUGAGAUAAAUCACGUGGACGUGACCGGCGCGGGAAAUGCGGAGCAAAGAGCAUCGUUACAAAACCUUAUUGAAAAUUAUAAGCCGAAUAAAGCGCGCGAAACUAAUAUUAAAAUGAAACUUAUACUAAAGGACGAAGAACCAGUCUACCAGUCUGCCAGGCGAUUAUCUCCGUCGGAAAGAGAGGAGGUCAACGCACAAAUCGACGAAUGGCUUGCGGAGGGAAUUAUUCAGCCAUCGAUAUCGGAGUAUGCCAGUCCUGUGGUAUUGGUCCGGAAGAAGGACGGGGCGGCCAGGUUGUGUGUGGAUUAUCGUCAUCUAAAUAAAAAGAUUCUCAAGGAUCGGUAUCCGUUACCGUUAAUAGAGGACGAGAUAGACCUAUUGCAAGGCGCUCUGUUGUUUACCACGCUUGACCUGAGAAAUGGUUUCUUCCACGUAGCAGUAGAGGAGUCAAGUCGAAAAUAUACGGCUUUUGUUGUCCCUGACGGACACUACGAAUUCUUGAAGGUUCCGUUUGGCUUGUGUAAUUCGCCGGCCGUAUUUCAAAGAUUUGUUAAUUUAAUUUUUAGAGACCUGAUACGAGAAGGGAUAGUGAUGGCGUACAUGGACGAUUUGAUCAUUCCUUCAAAUGAUGUUGAUAUCGGACUGAAGAGGCUCGAGAGAGUGCUCAAGGUUGCCAGUGAGGCUGGCCUUGACAUCAACUGGAAGAAAUGCUGCUUUCUACAGACGAGAGUGGAGUUUUUGGGGCACGUUAUUGAGGCGGGACAAGUGCGCCCAUCCAAUAAAAAGACUGAGGCAGUUCGACGUUUUCCGGAGCCGACUAAUGUUAAGCAGGUACAAAGUUUUCUGGGCUUGAGCGGCUACUUUAGAAAAUUUAUUCCAGGUUAUGCUGCAAUAGCACAUCCAUUGUCGAGUCUGCUGAAAACAGGCGUAAAAUUCAAUUUUGGCGCGGCAGAGAAGAAUGCCUUCGAGAGGUUGAAGAAGAUGCUGAGCGAAGGACCAGUAUUAAGUCUGUACCGGGCGGGAGCAGAGACUGAGUUGCAUACGGACGCUUCGGCGCUUGGAUAUGGUGCAAUAUUACUUCAGAGAGGCAACGAGGACAACCUUUUUCAUCCUGUUUGUUAUUCAAGCGGGAAAACGACAUCGGCUGAAGCUAAAUACCCGAGCUACGAGUUGGAGGUCUUGGCUAUAAUAAAGGCGUUGAAGAAAUUUCGCGUUUAUUUGCUGGGCAUCACAUUCAAAAUCGUGACCGACUGUCGUGCUUUCACGUUGACAAUGAAUAAAAAGGACCUGUGCGUACGGGUUGCCAGAUGGGCAUUGCUUCUGGAAGAGUUCCACUAUACCAUAGAGCAUCGUCCUGGAAAGAGCAUGGUGCAUGUUGAUGCGCUCAGUCGUAAUCCGUUACCGGCGUGUUUGGUUAUCGACGAGACAGACGCUGGGUUGACAGCUAGGCUCAGGAGAGCUCAAGAGGAAGACGAUGGUGUGAAGAAGCUUCGCGAAUUAGUUUCUCGCGGACAAGAACAGGAGUACACGUUACGAGGUAACCUACUGUUUAGAGAAUCCGAUGGUGAUCUACAGCUUGUGGUACCAAGAAGAAUGCAGGCGCAGAUUAUUCGUCGAGCACAUGAGCAAGGCCAUUUUUCGGUGAACAAGACUGAAAGUUUAGUAAAGAAUGACUACUGGAUACCAAAUUUACGAUGA